AUGUUGUCGCGCAAACUAUACCCCUUCCUAAUCCGGAAAUUCGAACCACGUGAUACCGCUGGACGCCCGCGCGACAGGUUGACAGGUCGUCUAGACCAAACGUAUAACUGUACUCGAAAGCACAGCCGCUCGCCAACGCCAUGCCCCGAAGCUAGGCGUCUCGGCUCGAUGGAAUCUCAGCACUCAUCAAUAUCCGCAUUUGCUCCGCCUCUCCUCGACUCAGAAUCCCGUCGUGACCAACCUCCUGAAGUGGACCGCAUUCCCGACCCCGAUCGCCUAGCGCCGGAGGAUGCAUACUUCGCGACCUCAUUAUCACGGGCGCGCUCAGCACCACUAGUCUAUGGUGACCGCAUUCAUUCGCUGGGCAGCGGCGGUGCAGCGUUGCGUGCCCCGCGUGGAGUGCUUGGCAACGAUGGCCGGAAGGAAGUGCGGAAAUUAGGCAGCACAAGUGGAAGACGACGGCGGAAAGGAGCAUGGAAGAAAUUACUCUGGGUCAAACAAUCCUAUCCGGACAACUACACCGAUACCGAGACCUUCCUCGAUCACCUGCAGCGGAACCCGAGGGUCAGACCUUACGAUUUCUGGCCACUUGUUGCAGAUUCAACAGUAAUUGUGCAGCAUGUGUGUUCAGUGGUUAUCUUCGUCUGCUGUUUCAGCGGGAUUUUCCACGAACGCGUGAGCCCCGUGUCAGUAGUCUGCUGGGGUAGUGUAGGCACGGCCAUCGGGUGGGUGCUCUGGGACAGAUGGGCCGGGGCUGAGCAGGCGGGGCUGUCACAAAAUGCGAAUGGUUUUGUCAAUGGCGACGACGGGUCAAGCUCGAGCUCGAUGGCGAGCGUGGCUAACCCAGCCGCCAGCGAAGCUCAGCCCAAUAGCUGGAAGACUAGUCCCAUCCACGGCCUCGGUCUAACAAUGGCCGGUGGCGAAUCCAAGGAUCACUUGUCGCCGGGGAGCGCUGACCUCAAUGGGGCUUCGAACGGGCAAGGGGGGUCAAGGGCUGGAUUCUAUUCGACAACGUCGAACCCAAGUCUGGGGACCGAUGGCCAUGACCCGGGUCUCCUGUCUCUCCUAUCGUCACGAAAUCGGCAGCGCUUAUCAACAGUCAAAUCGGCUUUUUUGAUUUACUCAUCUUUGUUAGGACUAAGUCCAAUUUUGAAAUCUUUGACGGAGUCCACGGCCAGCGACUCGAUCUGGGCAUUGAGUUGUUGGCUAUUAAUCAUGAACAUAUUUUCCUUCGAUUACGGGACGGGGGAAGGCGCAGGCGCUACAACAAAGUUCCCAGCUUCAUUGUCCACGAACGCUGCCGUCAUGGCGUCCACUGUGCUCGCGUCGCGUCUACCGUCGACAACACACGUGUUCAGCCUGAUGCUGUUCUCCAUGGAAGUCUUCGGGCUGUUUCCAAUCUUCCGCCGUCAACUCAGACAGCAAUCUUGGACAGGCCACGUCAUGCUGACACUUGCAUUGGUGAUCAUUGCCGGCGGUGCUGUCGGGAAUGACCCUGGGCAGCGGACUGACCUCGGCUGCCAUCGGGUCUUUCCUAGGCAGCCUUCUGACUGCACUUGCCAUGGGAGGCUGUAG